AUGCUUUAAUCAAAGUGUACACAAUUAAACUUGUUGUCUUGUUUAUAUAAUUAGCGACCUUUAAACAAUAUGUUUACAAGAGAGAAACCAGCAGGAAUGAAAAUGGAAGAAAGGAAAAUAAUCUGCUCAGUUUUGGUGAUCAUUAUGAUUGCUAUUAAGGGAGGAGAAGCUCAACUUUCCGAAAAUUUCUACACAACUUCUUGCCCUCGUCUCCAAAAUAUAGUCAAACAGGCUGUUACUAAGAAAUACGGUCAGACUUUUGUAACAGCUCAGGCUACUCUUCGUUUGUUUUUCCAUGACUGCUUUGUUCAGGGAUGUGAUGCUUCAGUCAUGAUAUUCUCACCAAACGGCGGUGCUGAGAAGGAUUCACCGGAUGAUCUGUCGUUAGCAGGAGACGGAUUUGACACGAUUAUAAAGGCGAAGCAAGCAGUUGAAGCUGUUUGUCCUGGUGUAGUCUCUUGUGCUGACAUAUUGGCUCUUGCCACCAGAGAUGUUAUAGGCCUGACUGGAGGCCCUUCAUUCAGUGUAGAACUUGGACGUCGAGAUGGGUUGAGGUCUAAAGCUUCAGAUGUCUCGGGAAAUCUACCAGAACCAGAAUUCAAGUUAAACCAGCUACUUAACAUGUUUGCAAAGCAUGGUCUAACACAAACUGAUCUAGUCGCGUUGUCAGGAGCUCAUACCUUAGGUGCAGCACAUUGCUCCAAAUUUUCAAAACGUAUCUAUAAUUUCUCUCCAUCUAACCCAAUUGAUCCUACCAUGAAUCCUAUAUAUGCCCUACAGUUGAAGCAACAAUGCCCGCCAAAUGUAAACCCAAACAUUGUUGUCAACAUGGACUCUUUAACCCCAAGGACAUUCGACAAUUUGUAUUAUCAGGACUUAAUUGCAGGAAGGGGGAUGUUUACCUCAGAUCAAGAUCUUUUUACUAACCCUGCUUCUAGACCAACUGUUAUUGAUUUUGCCAAUAAUCCUGGCAACUUUAACUCAGCUUUCAUAACUGCCAUGAGAAAGCUUGGUAGAGUUGGGGUUAAAACUGGUAAUCAGGGUGAAAUCAGGAGGAACUGUGCAGCCUUCAACUCAUGAAACCUGAAGAACAAUUUGUCUUAAUUAGAUCAUAAAGGCUGCAACAUAUACAUAUACAUAUUCAUUAUUUAUUAUUUUGGCACUAUAAGUUUAUCUGCUAAUAAAUUUUAGAUACAACAACAAUAGGCAAGUGUUGAGUGUCUGAAACUACUAGGUAGCGUGCUUCAUUCUGAUCCUAUUUUCGGAAAACACGUCUGCAUCAUAAACUGUACGAAAUGAGUAAAUGACAGUUACGUCGUGUAUGCCUUUGCUCUUGCAUAA